AUGUACAGAAUGUUCAUGCAGAACCAGAGUUACGAAUACCUGUCUCAGUUAGAUUCACUCACACAGAGUAUAAACGACACCCCUUCCAGACCAUUGGGCAACAUUGCACCUUCUGACGUCAACAAAAGCAAUGAGGAGGAAGUGCGCUUAAAAGCCUAUCUGGUUAGAACCAAACAAAAGUGGAAACCCAAGGAACACAAGAAAGAAAGCAAAACAAAAAAGAAACGCGAAAAACCUUUUUAUAAGUACAAAGUGGGCGAUCGCGUUAGAAUAACGCACUUGAAACAUCCAUUUCAGAGGGAAUAUGAUCAAAAGUGGACAGGAGAAGUUUUUGUCAUCAGAGGUCGCUUUAAGAGACAAGGUUUGCCUUUGUACAGAUUGGAAGACUUCGAUGGAGAACAUAUAUCGGGCACAUUUUACAGUCAGGAAUUGCAAAGAGUUAACGUAGACGAAAAUACCACUUGGAAAAUCGACAAAGUUAUAAAAGAGCGGAAACGAAACGGUGAAACGGAGGUUUUUGUGUCUUGGCUGCACUGGCCUAACACAUACAAUUCGUGGAUUCCGAAGAAACACCUGCAAGAUGUAUAA